AUGAGUGUUGAUCAGUUGGUUCAGAAGAUCGCCCAACAACAGCGUCAAGUCAAUUCACAGAUCAUACUUCAUAUGGAGCAAGCUAAAUUAGCAAUCAACAGCAUCAUCAAUGAGCUCAAGGGUCCGCUCAAUCAGUACAAGUCAGAGCAUCAAGCAGACAUUUCAUCAGUCAUUGAAUCAAUCACUUCAUGUACGACAGUGGAUCAGUUCCUGAGCACAUCGCCUAUCUUUCAACAACAAUCACACAAGAGAAUGAUAUCACAAUUGAGUGAUAAUGAGUUGUUGACCAUCAUUAAUGCACAACUUAAUCCUAGUGACUCAAACUCACUUAAUGAAGCUGCAUCGAUAUCUCGUCGCUUAAAGGAGUUCAAAGUCAACAUUGACGUUGACAAGAUUGAGUCAAUGAAAGCGAUGAUCACAAGUGCAAUCACAGCGCUCGCGUCUGCACGACCACCUUCUCCUCCCUCUCCAUCUGCUCCUCCCUCUGCUCCUCCUCCACCUCCACUUCCACCCGCACAAUCAAGAAAGUCACGACCACAUAAGUCCUCAAUGUUGAAUUUGGAGACAUCUGAAUGGGCGUCCAAGGGUCUAAUCAUACAUGAGGGAGCAAACUCGUUGGUACACGCUCGCGACAGCAUACAUUCAUUUGGAGGCAAUGCUAAUAGGUCAGGCUUCACCCGAUACUCCCUUGAAGGCAAACAAAGCAUUCCAAACGACCUGUAUUCAACGGAAUCUGGAUUAAACACGUUUGCAUGCUACGAUGGCGACCGGUGUAUCUACCUCAUUGGCGGUGCUGGCGAUGCAGGACAGAGGACAGUGGUCGAGUACGAUAUUGACAAGCAACUAUUUACAAAGAUUGGUGUUCCCAGCACCAAGACAGAGCCGGCCUGUCAAUUCGCUUGUUAUGGACCAUUGGGCAAUGGCAGUAAAGUAAUCUACAUCAUCGAAGGAGGCAAGCUCAUCUCAUUGGACAUCACUCAGACACCGCAUGUCACCAAGGUCUUGAUGAACAAUGUCAGCAACAACGUGGAGCAAUAUCAAGAUGCAUAUUGUUACGAUGGUCAAGAUAACAUUUAUAUCUUGUCAAAGACAUCGUUCAAAAGAUGUAAACUAUCGACCAAUGAGUUAAUCGAAUUGGCGCCAUGUCCAAGCUAUCGUAAUUCACAAUACUCAAUGAUAUAUGAUAUUGAUUAUGGCAUUGUGCAUCUUGGUGGAAAGAAACAGAAUUGUCGAUAUACAAUAGAUGAUAACAAGUGGACGACCAUUGAUGACAACGAUGAAGUGAUUGCAAGGAAUCAUUUCAGAGCUUGUGUCGUCCGUCACAAGCGCCCCUUGAAACUGAAGUGA